UUUACAUCAUGGCAAUCAAGUAGUGAAUCUUUAAAUAUACCUUGAGUUUCCCAUGAGAAACAUCUUAAAGUUGCGGAUAGAAAGUCAAAAACUUUUGAUUAAUUGUGUUCUAAGAUUAAAUCUUUAAAACUGACAGACGAUCUGAAGAAGAACAGACUGAAAGAAAAAAUGUCAAGAAAAGGAAAUAAACAAACUGAAGCCGUGGAGUUGAGGGUAGGCAGUGAGUUGGUUGGAAGUAAGGGGGUCUAUAUAGUUAAAGAAUUCCUGGGAGAAGGAGGUUUUGGAAAAGUGGCUAAAUGUAGUAAAUUGUGGAGUCUGGAAUAUUACGCUGUUAAAAUCAUGAAAAUAUCCAGAGAAGGACAGAAAGAGUUUGAAACGAUGAAACUGAUCCAAGACCUGGAUCCUGAUGAGAACCACUUGAUUAAGAUGUACGAAUGCUUCACUUAUAGAAAAAUGACUUGCAUAGUGUACGAGCUCUUGGAGGUCAAUUUUCAUGAUUCCUUGAUGAAUGAGCAGCAGCUGGUCCCUUUGUGUUAUAUCAGAGUCAUUGCUCAGCAGUUGCUCAAGGCUCUCAAAGCACUCAAAAGUAUCGGUGUGGCACACUGCGACAUAAAAUUAGACAACAUUAUGUUUAAGGAUCUAGAUGACAUGAAUGUAAAACUCAUAGACUUUGGUCUGGCUGUAGAGACAAAUGAAAUUUUAACCGGAACCAAAAUGCAAGUAACUCAAUUCAGAGCUCCUGAAGUUAUCCUGGGUCUCCCUUUAGAUGAAAGUGUUGACAUGUGGGCUCUUGGCAUGGUGUUGGCCUGUGUUUACUGUGGAUAUUAUCUCUUUCUAUCAAGUACCGAAUACGAAACAAUACGAGCUAUGGUGCACAUAUUUGGUUUACCAGAAGCUGACGUUCUCCACAGGGCAAACUACAAAGAUGCCUUUUUCACUAGGGACAACGGUGACUGGAGACUAUGCACACCAGAAGAAUACACCGAAAUAACUGGGAAUAGAGUGAGAUACAUGAAUCCUGUGAUAGAUUUUGAUGCUAUGACUGAUAAACAUCGGAACAUGUACGAAAUGCACGAUGAUGACGACCACAAAGCUUUCAUUGACCUUCUCAAGCGCAUGCUGGAAGUCAAUCCUCAACGCAGAAUCACGCCGAGUCAAGCCCUCGAACACGACUUCAUCACCAUGAAGCACCUUGCAGGAAAAAGUAAGGCAGCGUAUGCUGCUGGAUGUGAAGGCGUCAUGGGAAAGACCCCACCGUCAGACGCCCAAGUAAAUCCCUCAGCACCUUCUAGUUCAAGCAUGAGUGGAUCCUCUAACCGAUGCCUGAAAUCAUCAAUGUCAGAAGAUGAAAUUGUAGACGUGAGGGAAGUUCCUUCUGCUGGAAGUGCAGAUGAACAAUCAAGUGACUCCAGCCUUAACAGCUCUGACUCCUGUGAGAAACCCGCGUUCCAGGAAAAUUUGGAAAAACCGGAAGAUCUGCAGACAGACAAAGACAAGGCAAAAAUAUCAAGAAAAGGAAAUAAAAAAACGGAAGCCCUUGAGCUGAUGGUAGGACAUUAUUUGGUGGGAAAUCAGGGGAUCUAUAAAGUUCAGGAAUUCCUGGGAGAAGGAGGUUUUGGAAAAGUGGCUAGGUGUACUAAAUUGGGAAGUCCGGAAAUAUAUGCAAUUAAAAUAAUAACAAAUGUCCAAGAAGGCAAGGAAGAGUUUGAAUCCAUGAAACUAAUCCAAGUUCUGGAUCCCGAUGAGAACCACUUGAUGAAGAUGUAUGAGUGUUUCUCAUUUCAAAAUGUGAUUUGCUUGGUGUACGAGAUCCUGGAAGAAAGCUUAGAAGAUUUCUUGAUCAAAAAUGAAUGCAAAGCCACACCUCUGACUUAUGUCAGAGCUCUUGCUCAGCAGAUGUUUCAGGCUCUGAAAGCGCUCAAAAGUAUCGGUGUGGUUCACUGUGACAUAAAAUUGGACAACAUCAUGUUUGCGGAUAAAAAUUCCUUGAAAUUCAAACUCAUAGACUUUGGUCUAGCGGUAGAGUCAAAGGAACUUCCAAUCGGAACCGAAAUCCAAAUGACUGAGAUUCAUCGAAAGCAGUUUGACAUGUACGAUGAUGACGACCACAAAGCUUUCAUUGACCUUCUCAAGCGCAUGCUGGAAGUCAAUCCUCAAUGCAGAAUCACGCCGAGUCAAGCCCUCGAACACGACUUCAUCACCAUGAAGCACCUUGCAGGAAAAAAGUGCUGUCAAGAUGAAGAGGUCAUAGGAGACAGGCAGCUGGGACGAAAGAAAAGAAACCUCUCCAGUUACAUUCUCACGCCACGAGAGUCACCUGAGUUCACCAUCUCAAGCAGCAGCAGCAGCAGCAGCCUCAGCCUUCCACCGCUGACGUUUCUUGCCACUCACCCCUGUGACCCACAGGACAAGCAGGAAGACGGUGAGCCAAAGGAGCUGAUCUAA